AAAGAAUAUGGCACCACUGGUGUCAUGAAUGGCAGCUAAAAACAAGAAAAAUAUUGCAAAUGAUGUAGUUUUAGUCAAAUAAAGUGCUAAUUUCCGCUUAUUUCAACAGUUUAAAUUGUGUAUCGGUACAUCUUGUGUGUUAUUGCAAGUGCAAAUCAAAUCCUUUCAAUUGGAUGGCGGUGUUGUGCGUGGGAAGCGUUUAUGUGAUGCUUACAUUGUUUUGAUCGGUGUCGCAAAAACAUAAAAAAAUUGUCGAAUGAAUGUUGAUGGUUACGGGUAGACGGAAUCAAAAUAAUCCGGGAAAUUUGACCGUAAUGUCGGCACUGUGGACUGCUAGGUAUGACUAUCAGGCUCAGGGUGACGAUGAGCUCUCGCUGCGCGUUGGCCAAAUCGUCUACGUCCUGUCGAUGGACAGCAGUAUCUCAGGUGAUGAGGGGUGGUGGACGGGCAAGAUUGGCGAUAGAGUUGGGAUUUUCCCAUCUAAUUUCGUCACCAAUGAAGACCCAGGGGUACUCAAUGUGCAGCCAGUUGAGAUCGAGUAUGAAGAGCUUGAUAUGAAGGAGGUAAUCGGAUCGGGAGGUUUCAGUAAAGUUCACCGUGCCUUUCUCAAAGGUGAAGAGGUCGCCGUCAAAGCCUCCCUGCCGAAUGAGGAUAUCGAUGUGACACGUGAAAAUGUUCUGCAGGAGGCUAAACUUUUUUGGUCCCUGAAGCAUCCUAACAUAGUGGCCCUGCGGGGGGUGUGUUUGAAUCCGAAAGUUAUGUGUCUUGUGAUGGAAUACGCCCGGGGAGGACCACUGAAUCGGAUACUGGCUGGCAAGAAAAUUCCUCCGGAUGUGUUGGUAGACUGGGCGGUGCAAAUAGCUCGUGGAAUGAAGUACUUGCACUGCGAGGCUCCCAUUUCGGUUAUCCAUAGGGAUUUAAAAAGUUCGAAUGUUCUCAUUAGCGAGAAGAUUUUAAACAACAAUCUAAAAGCCAAAACGCUAAAGAUAACCGACUUUGGCCUUGCUCGGGAGGCUUACAAAACGACACGAAUGUCCGCUGCCGGUACCUUUGCUUGGAUGCCACCGGAAGUCAUCAAGUCUGGAACAUACUCGAAAGCUUCGGACGUGUGGAGUUACGGUGUGCUUCUGUGGGAAUUGCUUACCGGUGAAACGCCUUAUAAAGGAUUUGAUUCCCUGAUGGUCGCGUAUGGGGUUGCCGUCAACACACUCGCCCUGCCGAUACCCAAGACUUGCCCGGAAGCUUGGGGAAAGUUAAUGAAAUCCUGCUGGGAAUUGGAUCCCCAUCGGCGGCCUUCGUUUAGAGAUAUUGAAAAGGAUUUAGAUAUUAUCACUCGAUCUGGAUUUGCGCAAACACCUCACGAAUCAUUCCAUACGAUGCAAGAUGGCUGGAAAAAGGAAAUCGCAGAGGUUCUUCAGGAACUGCGUAAAAAGGAAAAGGCAUUUAAGUCUUUUGAAGAGGAAUUACGCAGCAAAGAAGAAGAACUUAGCCGAGUACAGCGUGAACAGCGAUGCAAGGAGGAAGAUUUAGCCAAACGUGAGCAGGAACUGGACGCACGUGAAAUUGAACUCUUAGGACGUGAGUUGAAUAUCAUGAUAACUCAGACUACGCCAACCCCUAAAAAGAGGAAAGGAAAGUUCAGUAAAAGUAAAUUAAAGCUACUGAAGCGGGAACCGGGACAGAUUUCGUCACCACUCGAUUUUCGUCACACGAUAACUGUGAAACACACUACCGUUCGUGACGAAUCUCGACAGCACACGGAUACUCCUCCUGGUUCGCCCGCCACCCGACUGAGAGCCAUCGCACUUCCGGCCGAUGGCAUGAAAGGUAAAACCUGGGGACCGUCGACUCUGCAUCAGCGCGAGCGAGGUCACUUGACAGCCCUGCGUACGACGGUCCGGACGCCGCAUUUCAGUAAAAGUGCACCGAAUCUGGACAAAUCUCGCAUGGCGAUCUCCGCCAGUUCGUCGCGUAACGAAAUACUAGAUUACGACACUGAUGAGUGGUACCCGCCAAAUCUGGGUGUUUCUGGUGACACGUCGCUGAAUACGCCACUUUGCACAAGUUUAACAAGGUUCGGAGGACUCCCUAGUACGGUACCGAUGCCGACACUGUAUGCUUCCGAAGGACAGCGCAAACCAAAGUUAUCGAUUAUAGAAUUAGUGUUGUACAAUAUUGCCUCGAUGUUGGCGGGCGUCGCCUCUGGGUACGACGUUCGAGUAUCGAACGUCACACCCCUCCACCCCCGUUUUCAUCCGACAUCAGCAAUGAGUGACGUAUAUCAGCUCCAGCCUAGUCCUUACCACCAGCUACAUCACCCGUCACAGCCACUUUUACCUUUGCCACAGCAUUUAGAUAGUAAUGUAGAUCAAGAAUACACGGAUGUGUAUAACGAAAGGCUUCACGCUCACAACACCUACCACGGACCGGUAAAGCAGAACAGGACGCAAUUGUCUUCAAUUAGUCCCAGACAGGAUGACCGUCCUUUACGAUUUACCGAUUCACCUCAGCACUAUUUACCUUCCACGAUGUCGACAACCAGCGGUUUGGGAUCCAAUUAUACACCCUCCGGUCCAAGCUCUUCGCUGAGCGGCGGAGCGGGAACGCAACCCCCGACACCGUCACCGCGACGAAAAUCAAGCACUACUUCUUUCAUCGACUAUGGCGAACUACCGGAGGAGCAGGAAAGUAGAGCUGGACUCUAUGUGCCUGGCGAUUAUACCAAUUAUCCACAACAGAACAAUGCCAUGUUUGCCAUCGGAACCAGUGCCGGUUAUUUUGGUUCCAACUACUUCCCAUAUCGACCGGAGAUCAACUUCGCUUUCGAGCGCGAUACAAAGUCGUACGGUGGCGAGCCGGUGUACGAGGAUCACCACUACGAUAGUGCUUCUUAUCAUGACUACGCCUACGAGGGUAGUAAUAUGAGCAAUCGAUUUAGCGCUCCCCGUGUGCCCACGAUGGGUGUUAAUGCAGCCGGCCACAGAAGGACGCUAUCGAACGUAUCAACAACGGCGAGCAAUAUCAAUCAAGGGUUUCAUUUUGAUAGCGAGGACGUCGAUCUGGUGGACGAUGCCAUUUAUAAUCUGAACCAUUUCUACAUUAAUAACAACCAAAAUGCUGUGAAAGUGCCGGAAAGUAGCAUAAUUUCCAAUCGCAUUCACGAGUACGAAAACAUUCCAAAUUACUUUAAGAGGCAAACUAGUCUAAACGCAGGCUAUUCGGGUCAUUUUUCUAAUGAAUUUAUCAAUAUCAGCAAUCAUGAACGGCCUGCUAGCAUAGGUUUAGAGCAUGGCGGGUUGCCAGCCCCCGCGACGGGUAGCCAGUUUAGGUUACGAUCUAGUUUGAAGAAAUAUAAUACACAACAGCAACAACAAUCGCAGACGCAGCAACAGCAAAAUAAGUACAGCACUGGUUCGAGUGGAAGCUGUGGUACACCCGUAACAACUAAUCCCACGCCACCGGAUAGUUUGACCAGCGAUGACAGCUCUUAUCUGAGUGCAAAGGACAACUCAUCUUCGAUGUCGUCGCAGAGCCGCGUACGAUUUACUCCUGAACUGCUCCUGGACAUGCAACAACGCCAGAACCAGUCAUCGCAUCAUGUACAAAUGGGGCAUGGUUCCGCGCAUGAAAUUAUCUCACACGUGCCACUUGGACGUAAAUCAUCCGGUGGCCCAACCGGGGUAACAACUUCCCCUAGUAGUGCUUCACUCGCAACCGGACGGCAUUCGAACAUGGGUGAAUCUGGGCAAUCCUAGCAUUACGUUAAAACCUACAUGGUGUAACUUUCGAUUUUCUCCUUGGUGCACUUAUUGAUCCGCGCACUCUUUACGGCCAGGGCGGAGGGUAAUAAGCAGAUUAAAUGCUACAAUAGAGAGAUGGAGCAAUAUCGCUUCCAACAGACAGAGGAGAUUGUGUUCUUACCGUUUUCAUUGCAGUAUUCAAAGGAAAACAACGCUAAUACUCGAAAAAAGGCCAUAAUAAUUUGAAGCAUACAAACGUAUAAUACUCGACAAUAUUGCGGUAUCACUUGAGCUUUCUGUGAGAAGUCGUGCAGCGCAGCUUUCACCCACUCAGAGCUACAAGUUCAAUUCACAUUCAUCUUUGUCUUUUGUGAGUCUUACGUGCAGAGUUGCUGUCCCGUUCGUUUCAUGUUUCGGUUACCCCUUGUGGAGGUUAUAUAACACUCAUCCCAACUAAGUACGCAACUCAACUUAUCUAAACUUAUUCAUUAGUAUUUGCUGUUUGCGAAUGCUCUACAAUGUUACACUUAUCUUGAGGCUUCUGGCUUUGGCUUUUGCAAGGUGAGUUCCAAUGAGACCAGACUGGUGAAAUGAUGUUAAAGAAAUAAUUCAAUGAAAUGCAAAGCAUAAUUGUACCCGAUAACAUUUUUAGGCAAACUGCAACUGUUUUCAUUUGUAAUCAACAAAUUAGUUAAAACACGUUUCCUUCGCCGUCAAAGUAUUUGAUAACUUUGCAUUGUUACAUGACACGAACCGUUCAUCGGCGUCACGCUUUGGCACUGUGAAUGGAAGAAGGAGAAGUGCAAACCAGCGGACAGACGGAAGCCCUUUUAAGCUUCGUUUCACUUUUGUUUUAUGGAUUUAAUGGUGCUACGUGCUGUUGGCCACUCUGAAAACUUGUUUUCUUCGGUUGCUUAUUCCGUGGUUUCCAUUCUAUUUGAGAACGAUGCCAUGAUGACAUGUGAUACGCGGAAAAGUCCAGAUGAGAAACUUGAUACUGCCAGCAACAACGGUUCGUAUUUAUAUUUUAGCCGGGUCAGCUUCGGGUGCUAGCGAAUUGCAAACACACUUGGCAUGGCGUAUUUGCAGUUCUUGCCCUGAUCCGUAUCUGCGGUGCUGUUUAUUUUUCAAUUGAGAUGAUUUGAAGCGAAAGUUUUUUUUUGUUUUUGCUUUUACUUGGUUGGUAUUAAAUUCAUAGGCCGAUAGUAAUUAAAAUGAGAAAGGCCAACCAAGCUAUAACUUUCAACGUAGGACUACGUCUUCUUUUUCUGUAGUGCAACUUUCAACGAAAAUAUCGAUGAGGGGGCGAAGAACUCGUAUAGGGUGUGGGACUAGUUCGUCAGGGGUUUUCUUCGUCAUAAUUUUUGCUUCAUUGUAAUGAGAAAUAUAUGCCGAAGAAAACCCCUCCCGAAGUAGUCCCACACCCUAUCAAAACCUCACAAUGUUUUGAAAUCACGUAUUAUUGUACAUUUUAUAAUUAUCACCUCAACGGUAUUUAUAUUUUUGUUUCACUUCAUAAGCUUUUUGAGUAGCUUUUGCAUGCAAGAUUUGUUUUUCAAAUUUCUAUCUAAAUAUAUUUGGACCAUGAAUAAUUACAUAAAAUUGAAUAACGAAAUGAAUCAUCAAAUUUUCAAUGCUGUAUUUUGAGUUACUUAAAUUAAUCUGUUUUACUUAAUCUCGAGGUAAAAACUCUAACCAAAUGACAAUGUGCAAAAUCAUGUUGGAAGAAAUGUAAUGCUGUUACAAAGUUGCGUUACAGAAUGUAUAUGCCUUGAGAGAGGGAUGUUGGUUUCGCUUAUCAUCCACUGUGAAAUAAGAAAUGAACGGGAUAGUAAGUUUUUAUUUGAAUGUUUUUUACAGACUUAUUCGAUACCUUUGAAGUAUUUAUAUCCAGUGUGAACCAUUGGAAACAUUCUCCAAUGAUUUAUUUUAUUUAGUUAUGUGUUAUAUUUAUUUGCGUUUCUCUGUUCGAACUGUCUCAGAUUUGAAAUAAAUGUUUUUUAUAUAUUUUUUAGAUAAAGUUUUGCUUUUAGUAUGGUUUCAUAUUUUAUUAAACUUUUUAUUAUAUUCAUUUAUUAAACUAAUUCAUCUAACAAACACGCGUUUAUAAAUAGUUAUAUGUCAAAUUUAACUUUUUCAAAUUACAAGUUUUUUUUCAUUCUAGUUUUCUUGAUUUAUUUCAAAAAUUAUUGAGCGACACAGAAUAGUGAUUGACCAUUUGAAAUAACAUAAUUGGCUUCAUUGAAUAAGUCUGUUAACUUCCAACCAUAUUUCCUUUUCCUCAUUUCUACAAAGCGCCUUUUAAGCGCUUCAAACCAACCUGGAACUCUGCCAGGGAAGGUGGCACUGGUUAGAAUGCGACAUUUUACGGCAGCUUAGUCCAGUGUCGGCAACUAAUCCGCCGGGGACGCUUUACGGUGACACAGAAUGCAGCUUUUUUUGCAGAUUUAUUGCAAUUUGCCGACUUCUAUAUUAGCCAUUACAGAAAACGACCGUGCACACGUGUUACACAAAACAUACUAGUACAUACACCUAUGAAUGAACACAAGAAGAACCGCUGGUAAUUAGUUUUAUCCAAUUAAAUUCGAUUCUAGCGGGCACUAAGUGGAGACGAAUAGUGAACGCUAUAUGCUUACAAAUAGGAAAGUCGUAGGCGGGAGAGGUCAAUGAAGCAAAAAAGCACUUACUCUAGUCGUUUAAAGUUUGGUAGCAGUAUUUUUUGGUUUUUAAUUAAUUUAUAUUUAUUGUCAUUAGGAAGGCUAGGUCCAAAAUCUUUUAUAUAGAUUUUAUAUUGCAUUUUACGUUGCUAUACCAGCAAUUGCAGCGAAUGGUAGCGAAAAAAACACCAAGAGCAGUUUAGCCAGCCUCCAUCAAUGAAUGCGAUGAUUGUAAUCCUGCAGAAAAUGAAAUAAAUUGAUAAUGAAUUA